UAGUUGUGUCCUUCAACAACAACAACUCUCGCCCUGCAAUCAGUGAAUAGUCUCCAUCACAACACUGCACGUCAAAUCACCUGUGUCUAAUCCGCCAUCUCGUUGCAUUGCAUUAACCGUAUCGAAUCAUGGCUUUCUCUGCGGAGAACAAAGCAGGCCGCCAAGAUAUUCCUUCACCGCAGACCGCGGAAGCUGAGUACCAAGCAGAGAAGAAACGCAAAGAAGAUGAGAAGAUGGUCGAGUGGCUCAGAGCUGAGGACAGCGACUCGGAUGAUGGCGACAUGUUCGGCGGCUACUUUGAUGCCGAACCCAAGCUGCCAAAGGAGAAGAAAUCAAAGAACUUAGGUCCCGUGAAGCCAAUGCCUCUAGAACGUCACAUUGAGACUGAUGAUCACGAGGCUUACUACAAGUUCUUCAAGCACGAGCUCAUGCACAACCGCUAUCACAUCGUCGAGAAAUUAGGUAAGGGCUCCUACGCCACCGUCGUCAGAGCCCUUGACACCACCCAGAACCAGAAGGUCGUCGCCAUCAAGAUCAUUCGCAAGAAUGGCAUGAUGGCCGACAAGGCCCGUGACGAAAUUGACAUCCUUCGCAAGAUCAAGGACUGGUGUGUCGUGCAUCCCGAGGAUCAGCAGUAUCUCGUCGAGUUCCUCGAUACCUUCACCCACAGACAGCACAUCUGUAUCAUUUUUGAAAACAUGGGUUACAACUUGCGUGACGUGCUUACUAAGUCGAAGGGCGGCCAUGACACCGGCCUCAACAUCGAUGCUGUCCGGAUAUUUGCCAAACAGCUCUUCACCUCCCUCCGUGUGAUGAAGGAUCUCGACCUUGUCCACGGCGAUUUGAAACCUGACAACAUCCUCAUGAAUCCAGGCGAUCGACCAGAGUACAUCAAGCUUGCCGAUUUUGGCACCACAUUCAAGCAUCGUCUCCAUAACGAGUCCGAGAAAUACGACAUGCGUGGCGAGCUGGGCUCUCGCUUCUACAGACCACCAGAGGUCAUCCUGGGCAUAGAAUGGGGCUACGAUAUGGACAUCUGGGCCGCUGGCUGUACCCUUUUCGAAAUCUUCACCGGCAAGAUCCUGUUCACCGGCAUGGACAACGCCGAGAUGCUAUACCAGAUCAUGAAGACGACCGGCCACAUUUCGCGGAAGUACUACCGCCAAGGCGUCUUCUUCCGACAGUACUUUGACGACGACGUGCACGCAGUCUUCCACAUGCGCAAGGUCAACGAAAAGGGCAACCUCGUCACAAAUUCUUACGCAAACUUGGGCCCCAAAACACCAACAUCUCCAGAGUCCCUCCUAACCAAACUCCGUGCCGCCGCCGCUGAUCCAAACGACCGCAAGGAAGCCGAAAAGAUUGAGAUGCUCGCCGACCUCUUGUCUAAAUGCCUGCACUUCAACCACGACAAGCGCAUCGGCCCGCACGGUUCUCUCCAGCACCCCUUUAUCGUCGGCAAGACCGCCCCCGCCCCCAAGAAACCUGCCAGGCCCCUCUUCACGCCCUCGGCCGUAGGCCAAAAGGACCGCCUCCUUGCCGAGCGUGCGAGAGAGAAGAAGCGCGCUGAGGCUAUGCAGCGUGGUUACGCCCGUCAGGCCGCCGCCGCGGCGGAGGAGGCUCGGCAGCGGCAGGAACUGCAAGAACAGCAACAGCAGCAGCAACAGCAAGAACUACAAGAACUGCAAGAACUGCAGCAACAGCAACAACAACAACAGCAAGAACUGCAGCAACAGCAGAGACAACAGCAACAGCAAGAACAAGCGGCGGCGGUGGCAGCAGCAGCAGCAACGGAGAAGAAGCGCAAGGCUCUACACGCCCACCAAGACUCCGACGAUUCAGACCUACCACACAGGAAGAAAGGUGCCUUUGUCUUUGGCUUCAAGCCCAUCGACGAGGCCUGAUGUUUAGUGUGGUCGGUGUAGCUCCAGUAUUGGAAAUUCAGUAGGUGUCUAUAGCUUGUAAAAGGAAAGGAAAGGAAGGAAAAGUAAAGGAGGAGAGAAAAUGUAAUAAUAAAUAGCAUAGCAUAGCAUAGCAUGGCAUGGCAGAGCACAACAUGGCAUGGCAUG